AUGUGCCCAAGAAUUACUGAAUUAAAUUUUAACUUUGAAUGGUUAGAUAAAAGUCUUUAUUAGAGUUUUAUAAACAUUUGUAUGAUUGCUAAAAGUUAUAAAGAACUUACUUCAUUAGAAUUCAAAUUAAAGUUUAAAGAUAAAGAAAUAUCUAAAUAUAUUUAUGAUAUUCUUAAACAAACAUAUGAUGGUUAAGAGAUUUCAUUUAAAUUUAAAUGUGAUUAAAUAUGCCUUAACGAUAAUAUAAAUACUAAAGGAUUGAAUAUUCAAGAUAUUAUUUAUGAUAUUCAAUGUGAAAUGGACAGUCCAGAAGAAUACAUAGGAGAAUAUUCAUUUUAACACUAAUUUUAGCUAACUUAAAAAAUUGAUAAAGCGUAACAAUUUUCUUUUAUCUUACUUUUGUAAAAUAAUAGAUUUAUUGAUUGCUUCCUUUUCUCAUAUAUCACUUUUAUUUGUUUGAUAAUUCUUAUUUUCUUUUUCUUUUGA